AUAUCUCUAUUUCUCUGGUAUGGUAUUUUAGUCCGAAUCCGGGAAAGGCGUACAAAAUUUACUUACCACCGGUAGAUUGUCUAUUUUUUAACAGGAUGGAAUUCGAAAAACCUAAUCUGAAAAGAAACGUCCCUGAGGAGAGUGACGUCUCUGAGGAGAGUGACGGCGAUGACUGCGAACUACGCAAGAGAAUGAAAAUUCAGAUUGAACCAUGUUUCCUGCCGAACGAUGUCAAACUGGUCGUCGAGGAUCAACAUCUUCACGUAAACAGAGAUUUACUCGCAUCGGCGUCUCCCGACUUUGCGGCUUGGCUGAAGGAUGAGUGGCAGGAUCACCAACAGGCAGACACCACACUGCGGUUCACAGGGAAAACCUACCAUGAUAUGUCAAUAUUUAUGAAGUGUCUUCUGCCGUCAUUCCCCAAACAAGUAACUAGUAAUUAUCGGUAGCACAAGUAGGAGUGCACGUGCGAGAUCCUGCGAUUUCCCUCUGGAUACACAUGUUUUCUCUGCACCCCUGGAAUCAUUCUCGAUACUCCCAAGAAUUACACUCACUUAAGUUAUCUGCACCCUUGAAUAUGUCAUAACAAAACUAAAGGUUCAUUGUGCGUCACAUUGUAGAUGAAACAAGAAAAUGAGUUUGAUCAUUUGAUGAUCAUUUAAAGAAUCCCACGACAGAGAAGCGGCAAAACUGACCAGCUUACAAGUCGGAUGUCGCUACUCUGUAAUCUUCAAAGGACAUGUGACAGCCUAGAUGUUGUUCAGUGUUUAACUCAUAUCAAUCAAAUAGCUAGCCGCGUGUCUUCACUAUUGUAAUGACAUAUUCCAGGGAGCAGAGAGCGUAAGAGAUUGUUACCCCAGAUGUAUCAAGAAUGCUCUAAAAUAUGUCACAACAAAAUCGAAGGCUCUUUACGCGGCUCCUUGGAUAGAUGCAAAUACACUAGUCCGAUCGAGAUCAAAUCAACAGCGGAACCCUUUGAGUUUUAGAUGAUGGAGAUCGUCACCCAUUUCACAUCUUUACAUUUGUCGAAAAACCAGCAUAAUCCCUAGUACAGGUUAGAAGAACAAAUAUAUCCAUACCCAGCACUUAAAGGUGA